AGUAUUAGUCGCCGUGGGCUGGGCUCCGCGCAGGAGCGCCGGCCGCCGGGACCGUAGAAGGCUGGGCCGGGCGGGGUAGGUGUGGCUCUGCCUGCGUGACCCGAGUCCCGGUUCCCGGUCGCCGUCGUCUCCCGCAGCUGCGGCCUCUCAGCCAUGGGCGCCGUCUGGUCGGCCCUGCUGGUCGGAGGGGGCCUGGCCGGAGCGAUUUUCGUUUGGCUGCUGCGGGACGCGGGGAAUGAGAGCGACGCGGAGCGGAACGCCCCUCAGGGGGAGGCUGCGGCUCCGGGAAGCGAUCAGGGUGGCGGCGGGGGACCGAGCCCUGUACCUUCCAGGCGGGAGCUGGUCACCAAAGCAGAGCAUCUUCAAGAAAGCAAUGGAUGUUUGGUUUCAGAGACCAAAGGCCAUGGUAACCUGCAGGAAGCAACAUGGAGACAGCAGAGUCCUUCUGGAAAAGACGGUGAUUGUGACAGUUCGAGAGAGCAUGUUCCUUCUGGACAGUUUCCAGACACAGAAUCUCUAGCUACAUCUGGGACUGGUGACUCUAGGGGUUACUCUGCAGUUUCAAGAAAUGAAAGGCUUCAGUCUCCUCUGGCAGAAUGGGGAUUCCAGAAAGGACAAGAGACACUCGCUAAAGCAGCUCCGUGUUUUGCCGAAAAGUUGUAUUCUAGCAACCUGGUCGUUGACAGAGGGAAAGAAGUGAGCCUUGCCGAGUUGAGCAGUCAGGACCGGGCUGACAAUGAGGACUGGGAAAUGGUGUCCAGGCACUCCUCUUGGGGAGAUGUUGGUUUGGGUGGCGGUCUUGAGGCUCCAGGGUUAAGCCCAAACCAGGGAAUGGACUGUGGCAGAAGCACUCUUAUGGAACCAAGAGGUCAGGAAAUGGAUGUGAAACGCAAAAAGGGGGUAGCAAUGUCUUCAGAGUCUCAGCAAGUUAGUAUCAGGUUCCAGGUCCAUUAUGUCACAAGCACUGGUGGGCAAUUCAUUGCAGUAACUGGAGACCAUGAGAGCCUUGGGAGGUGGAACACUUACAUCCCACUCCAGUAUAGCAAGGACGGGUUCUGGUCUCACUCUGUGUCCCUGCCAGCAGAUACAGUGGUGGAAUGGAAGUUUGUAGUGGUAGACAACGGGAAAAUUACCCGCUGGGAAGAAUGCAGCAAUAGGUUCCUGGAGACUGGCCGUGAGGAUAAAGUGGUACAAAAGCGGUGGGGGAUUCAGUGAUUCAGUUUUCAAAGUGCUAGAGAGGCUAUUUGUGGAGCACACUGAAUAAUUUUAAAUAAAGGAAGUAUAACUCCAAAUAUAGCCAUCAGAGUUGUUUCAAAUUUGCUAGCGGCUUUUGUCUAAUGUGCAGAAAUACAUAUGUAGGUAUAUGCUUUCGGUGAGCAUGGACUUUUUUUUCCCCUGUGGCAUCGAUGGGUGGGUCUUGGCUGAUCCAUCGUUAUUUCAGAGCUUAGUCCUCUUGGGGAGUGACUUGGCUAAGCUUCAGGUGUGGACUGGCCAGAGCACGAAGAAACCAACCAGCUGCACAGGGUUCAAGCUUGAGCCUUUGGGUGACCCUUAAACCAAGAGAGUGAAACACGUCUCAUUCAUAAAGAGCUGCCUUCCUACUGGUACAACUGGAGAAACUCCUUACUCCGUGCACACUCUAUAUUUAAAAAUAGUUAAUGCCAUAUGGAACUGUGAAAAAAAAAUACGGUCACAAGAGGUGGUUAGCAAGGAUAUGAGGUUAUACGUUAAGACUCCCCAGUGCUUUUUUUGUUUGUUUUGUUUUUUUGCUUGAUUUUACGUGCUAGCCCCGGUUUGAAAGUAGCAAGUAAGUCUUUGUCUUAAUGAUUGCAGACCCGGUGUAGAAACAAGGGGCCUAGUCCGGGUCUGUCAUUGGGAGGAGACCUCGAAGAGAGGAAGUGCGAACUGGAUGAAGGUGUGGGCUGAGCUAGGUGGCCUGAGUGAUGCCUCUUAGAGGGCUGGGAGGUCCAGGUAUAGCCUGACUGCAGAGAAGACAGACACAGCCAUCAUUUACCUCCAGGGCCUUUGCAGGACUGCCCCACCCCCACCUCUCCUGUCUCACAGGGGGUCUGGACUGACAGAAGGACUGUCCCAUAGCAAUCAUUUCCCCUGCCCUUCCCUUUCAUACCAAUAGCUAUCCUGGGUAACAAAACUGUAAUAGGACAGUGACACACAGGUACAUCCUUGUUCUGAGAAGAAGUAAGACAUUUAAACUUUAUUAUACUGAACAAAUAAAACCUGAGUUUUAAUAUCUUCA